CUCUCUCUCUCUCUCUCUCGGAUUUCAACGCGCAGGUCGGGUGAUGUGGCCGCAAAGGGUGAACGUCAUCGGAUCGGAGGCGAAGGAGGGGUUCGAGCGGCGGGGCUUCGCUUCAGUCGGCAUUAGACGCUGAGUGCCGCGGAAUCUGAGAAGCAAUGGCUAAUGAAGGAGCAAUUUCUGAAGUUGACAUUGUAGACGCAAAGUCCAUCACAAUCAGUCAAGGAAGCCAAAAACAGCUUGCCAAUGAAUUGGAAAGUGAAUUCGCUGGUCCAUGUAUGAAAUAUAACAUGAACUAUCAACAUAUUGGCACAUGCAUCAUUUUUAACAAUAAGAAUUUCCACCCAACAACAGGCAUGACUAAACGCAGUGGUACAGACAAAGAUGCCAGCAAUUUGAUGAAGACAUUCAAAAACUUGGGUUUUUGCACUGAAAUUCUUAAUGAUCAAACAUGUGAACAGAUGUUUAAAAAACUAAGCAAUGUUGCCAAGAGUGAUCACAGCCAAAUGGCAGCUUUCAUCUGUAUUUUCCUCAGUCAUGGAGAAGAAGGAUUGCUGUAUGGAACAGAUGGCUGCGAAGAAAUUAAGCAUUUCACUCGUAUUUUUAGAGGAGAUCUAUGCCGAACUCUAAUUGGCAAGCCAAAGUUGUUUUUCAUACAGGCUUGUCGAGGAACUGAAUUUGAUGCUGGUGUUGAAACAGAUGGAAUUGAAACUGAUAGCAAUAGAGAAAUGGCUACAUCCCUGCAAAAAAUACCUAUAGAGGCAGACUUCCUUUAUGCUUACUCCACAGCACCAGGUUACUACUCUUGGCGAAAUACAGCUAAUGGUUCUUGGUUUAUUCAGUCAUUAUGCAAUGUACUGGAUAACUAUGGCAAGAAGCUGGAACUCAUGCAACUGCUCACCAGAGUCAACCACAAAGUGGCACUAGAAUUUGAAUCUAAUACUGAUGCAAAACACACCAGUGAAAAAAAACAAAUCCCUUGCAUUAUUUCUAUGCUAACAAAGGAAUUUUAUUUUACUUAAGACAGCUGUGGAAAUGUAUGAAAAUUGCUGAAACUCUAUGCAGAAUUAUUUCAAAGAUAAUUUUCUUACACUUUAUAAUUCACCAGUCAGUAGAGAUAAAGAUUUCAAUCAAGGUAACUAUUUGUAUUGCUUUGUACUGGUUACUUUGAUUCUGAAACCUCAAUUUAUUAAUUGGUUAAAGACGAUCUCCUGACAAUUUUGAAAGUUAUCUGUGGGUUUCAUUAACAACAAAGUGCUAGGUUUUAAGGACAUGUUUUUAAAUUUUAAAUGGACUUCAUUACAAAUUUAAUGGAGAAGUUGUCUUUGAUAAAAUUAUGGUGAACAUAUGAAUAUGAAGAUCAUUAUAUUUGCUGUUUUUCAUAACUGGUUAAGCAGCUAGAUGGUUUAUUUUCACCUCAAAAUUGGCAUUUAAAGCUGUGGUCAACAGAAAUGAAUACACAAGUCCAGAUGAUCUUCUGUUGCUAUUUUGUGCAAUUUUGAUCGGAGAGACGCAGAGCUAGAUUUUACUGAACGGAAUAUAUCUGGACUAGUUUGGUGUGUGGUUUACUGUUUUAUGUUUUGUGUUUUUACACUUUUUUUGUGCUUUUUGCGUUUUUUUUUGUAUUGUGGGUUUGAUUUACUUUGCAUGGGUUCCAUGGUUUUCAUUCUUCGUUUUGUGGCUGGCUGUAGGAAGACAAAUCUCAGGGUUGGAUAUUGCAUAUAUACUUUGAAUCUUUCAGCAUGUAGAAAUAAUACUAAAAUGUUAAAUUGUUUAAAGACUCUGUUUCAAGUUGUUAAAGGCCCAAACUUGACCCUAGUUCCCGAUAAAUCUCAUGGCAGUAUUCAAAUUUAUCUAUAGAAUUCCCCAGAGAUCUUGGCGAACAUUUAUUCAUGGACCAAAUUUGAUCUUCAUUAAUAUCAGUAAAGUAAUUGAUCAUUUAUUAUGCAGCCAUUUACAAGAUUGGCUGCCAUGAUUAAAUACAUUAUGGCUGCGUGUAAUUUUAUUGGCUGUGAAGUAUUGUGAUAUCUUUGGGUAAUACAUGUUGCUAAAUAAUUGAAACUUGAAUAUUUGAGUAAGGACUUACUUGACUAAUUGUUCAGCAAUUGCAUGCCCAACUUCUCAAGAAUUUUUUUUUGUUAUCCGCCUUAAAAGGUGGUGGUGGUGGUGGUGGGGGGGAAGGGUUCUGAGCAUAUUAUCCUCAAGUACUAAAAUAUGCAACUCUUGCUCUAUAUGCAAUUCUUAUAACAUAAAGUCAGACUGCAGCCCAAAUCAAUCAUACAAAUCUGUAUCUUUCACAGUGUGAUUAGAUGGUCCUAGUGUCUGAUUAGCAAUACUGAAAUCUUUAAUAGGUAAGGUACAAUUUGAAAAUAAUUUUUGGUAGAUUGUCACCCAGAAUUAAUUGUUAUUAUGUACUGAUUGAUGAGUAUAAACAACCAGCAUGUGAUAAUUUGUUGAUUUGAUGUUCUGUACCUUUUUCUCCUUUCCAUCCUGUGGAGAGAAUGGGAAGCUUAGCCAUUGGCUAUGAUUCAGUGCCUUCCCGUCGUGAUAAUUGAUAUCAUAGUACUUCAGCUGUAGGUACAGCAAAUACACCUGUGCAUUGCUAUCAAAAAUUGCUUAAUGAAUACAAAUUGUAUCUCUUCAAAUUUUCAAGCAUUGUCAUUGUUUACUGGAAGUAUACUAUUAUUUGUUAAUUUAACAGUAAUUAAAUUUCAAAGUUUUUGGUAACUUUUGAAUAAAAACGCAUAUUGAUGACAAACCCUAACGCAAAAGAUAUUCAUUAUUUUACCUGUUUUGAGCAUUAAAAAUCUAUUUAUCUCAUGCAGACUUUCUUACUGUGCUUAAUAUUACUGUAAUAACCAAAAUGGUUUACUUAUUUUUAGUGCACUAGUCUGUCAUUUGCUGUAUUACAAGCAUUGAAAUUUGAGCUA